AUCUUACUGCUGCGAAAGCAAUUGAAUUGUUUGAGGAGAAGAGAUGCUGGUUUGUUGAAUCAGUUGCAAGAGCUUGACAAGCAGAUAAGUGAUCUGAGACUAGAUGUAGAAAAGACAUCUGAAGAGCACCUGGAGACAGACAGCCGGCCUAGCUCAGGGUUUUAUGAGCUGAGUGAUGGGGCUUCAGGAUCCCUUUCCAAUUCCUCUAACUCAGUGUUCAGUGAGUGUUUAUCCAGUUGUCAUUCCAGCACCUGCUUUUGCAGUCCCUUGGAGGCAACCCUGACUCUCUCAGAUGGUUGCCCCAAAUCUGCAGAUCUCAUAGGAUGGUUGGAAUAUAAAGAAGGCCACUGUGAAGACCAGGCCUCAGGGGCAGUUUGCCGUUCCCCCUCCACACCACAAUUUAAUUCCCUUGAUGUCAUUGCAGAUGUGAAUCCCAAGUACCAGUGUGAUCUGGUGUCUAAAAACGGGAAUGAUGUGUAUCGCUACCCCAGUCCACUUCAUGCUGUGGCCGUGCAGAGCCCAAUGUUUCUCCUUUGCCUGACGGGCAACCCUCUGAGGGAAGAAGAGCGACCUGGAAAUCAUGCCAAUGAAAUUUUCAGUGGAUCUGAGACAGAUGCCACCAAAACAGACAGUUCCUUACCAUCUCCAAGCAGUCUGUGGUCUACUUCCCAGCCUUCAUCCAGCAAGAAAAUGGAUGGCUAUAUUCUGAGUCUGGUCCAGAAAAAAACACACCCUGUAAGGACCAACAAACCAAGAACCAGUGUGAAUGCGGACCCCACGAAAGGGCUUCUUAGGAACGGGAGCGUUUGUGUCAGAGGCACUGUCAGUGUCUCACAGGCCAACAGCGUGAACCUUAAGAAUUCCAAACAGGUGUGUUUGCCCUCUGGCGGAAUCCCCUUGUUGGACAAUGGGACGUUCUCUCCACCAAAGCAGUGGUCGAAAGAAUCAAAGGCAGAGCAAGCAGAGAGCAAGAGGUUGUCCCCGCCAGAGGGCUGCUCGCCAGGCGCUGCCGCCGAACUUCAAAGCAAGCAUCUGCCCAAAAAUGCCAAGCCAGCCUCCCAGGAUCAUGCUCGAUGUUCCACUGCUGGGACAGGAGAGUCCCCGAAAGAAAACACUGCGAUCUCAACUGCUCCUCCAAAAGAGAGCCCUGGCAGAGGCUCCGCACCCCAGCAAGAGAACAGAGCGGUCCAGAGCCUGAAAAAGCUGCCACAGAAAAGCAGCCUGCAGACUGUUCCUGCAGCCGCUCCCCCCACCCUGCCAUCUCCAGCCUUCCCGGUAGAAGAGAGGCCUGCCUUGGAUUUCAAAAGCGAGGGCUCUUCUUCCCAAAGCCUAGAGGAGGGGCAUCUGGUCAAGGCCCAGUUCAUCCCUGGGCAGCAGCCCGUCGUCAGGCCCCACCGGGGCCACCGGAACGCGGGCGUCGCCAAAGGCUCCACGCUGAAGCACCGCGGCGGGGUCCUGGAGAACGGCUUACCCACAGUCAGGGAGAAAACACGGGCGGCCAGCAAGAAGUGUCGCUUCCCCGAUGACUCGGAUACAAAUAAGAAACUCAAGAAAGUCUCCUCCAAGGGGAGGAAGAGCGCAGGCGGGCCAGCCGAGGCAGGACUUCCGGGCAGGCCCCAGGGCGGGGGUCACAGGGCUGGGAGCCGGGCGCAUGGCCAUGGACGGGAGCCCGUGGUGGCCAAACCUAAGCACAAGCGAACUGAUUAUCGGCGCUGGAAGUCCUCGGCUGAGAUUUCCUACGAGGAGGCCCUGCGGAGGGCCCGCAGGGGACGCCGGGAGAACGCGGGGGUGUUCCCCACGCCCGUGCCGCUGCCCUACGCAAGCCCCUACGCCUACGUGGCCAGCGACUCCGAGUACUCGGCCGAGUGCGAGUCCCUGUUCCACUCCACCGUGGUGGACACCAGCGAGGACGAGCAGAGCAAUUACACCACAAACUGCUUUGGGGACAGCGAGUCGAGUGUGAGCGAGGGCGACUUCGUGGCGGAGAGCACGACCACCAGCGACUCUGAAGAAAGCGGAGGCCUAAUCUGGUCCCAGUUUGUCCAGACUCUCCCAAUCCAGACGGUCACGGCCCCUGACCUUCACAACAACCCUGCAAAGACCUUUGUCAAAAUUAAGGCCUCCCAUAACCUCAAGAAGAAAAUCCUCCGCUUCCGUUCUGGCUCGUUGAAACUGAUGACCACGGUUUGAGCCACAUCAUGGGUGUAGAAAGUGUCUUUUUUUUUUCUCCUCACUCUCAGUGUCGAAAUAAAAAAGGCACCAUUUGUUGUAUGUGUAAUACUUUCAUGGAAUGCUUGUCUUUUAAGAUAAAACCGAGGUUAAAUUAUUAUCUCAUCAUCAUAUAUGGACUCUAGUGCCUUUGAUGGAAGGUAAAGAAUGUUAUUGCUAGUUAGAAGUAAAUAUUGAGGUUUUGAUGGUGGUGAUAGUGAAUGAGUUUUGUCGUAGCAGCUGUUUUUUCUUUAAAAUCUGAGCCUACGGGCAAGGUACAGAUUUUAAUUGUCAAGUUUUAUAGGGAUGAGACCUUUGGAUACCAAGGUCAAGUGGGUGGAAUUUUAGGACAUACCUUUGCUCCUUGACUCUACAGGACAGUGUCUCCACCAGGGUUUUUCUGUUGAGGGGCAUCACAUGCAAUUGUGGUAAGUAGGUAGGAGAGGCAGUAGAGGCAGUCUCAUUGUUUCUAUGGUUUCUUUAUGCGGUCUAAUUUCUCAGACUUGUAUCCCCAUUCUUUUUUCUUUUCAGAACUGUUCUGUUUACUGGACUCAUAACAUGCAGCCCAGACCUUAUAUCCAGAGAUGGCAACCUGGAUGGGCGGGCUGGUAAUACCUUCAAAGGAUUCAUGAAAACUUUUGCCACACUUAGUGCCUAGGCCCUGGUUAUAGUUAACUCCUUCUAGGGCCAUUUAUCCGACAUUUUGAUGCCUUUCCCCCAGCUCCCUAAUUUGUAACCAAUCCAACCAUUCAAUCCUUGGAGUAUUUGCCUUCGGAAUAAAAUGUUGAUCCUCGGGUACAGAGAAAUUCACUCUUAAUGAAAUAACUCUUGGGCAUUAUUCCAAUCCCAGAGUUGCUCACUAAGCACUGUGCCACCUAAGCGUUAACCCGAACAUAUUAGUGCAAUCCAGUCCAGAUUGGACCACUGACCCUAUCUGGAAGGGCUGUUUUUUAAAAAAAAAAUUUUUUGGUAAACAGUAUUGUGUAAAAUUGCUUUUUUAUACCAAUAUAUGCAUGUUUUCUGCAUGAGUAGUAUUGUUUUGAUAUUCCUGUUGGUGUUAAAUUACUGUAUAAUAUAAACAGUAUGUGUUUUUAUAUAUCAUUGUGUAAAUUUAAUAUAACACAUAUGUGGUAAUAAACGAUUUGUUUUACUGCUGUUAAGUUUGUUAUUUGGGUAUAAAACCAGAUGUUUACACCU